CUCACGGAGAGAGAGAGAGAACCUGAGGGAAAGCCGUCGCCAAACGGAACGGGAAUCCAAGUUUUUACACUUGACCCGUCUUUUUUAAAAUAUCUUUUUACGUUUGUUUACCUAAUUCCUUUGGGACUACCGGAGACGGGAUACUCAGUUUGUGUGUGUGCGCGCGCGUUUGUUGUCCUUUUUAACUCCGAGAGCUCGUUUGUUUUGGACUGGCUAGCUAACGUUAGCUGUUUUCCCCCCACAUCGGCUAACGUUAAUCUGAGAAAGAGACACGGCGCGGCGUGGUGCUGCUGCUGCUGCUGCUGGGGAGUGCUUUUUUUUCUCACGUCGCAGCGAAGCGCAGGUUAUACGGAGCCGUCAUGUUCGUCCCUUCCUCCCUCAGUGGACGACGAAAGAAAUAACGAUUUAUGUCGUAAGUUUUCUGUCUGUUGUUUUAUGGAUGUUCGUUCGUUUGCGGCGUGGUGGUCAGCGGGGGUGACGGAGUUCAGAGGAGGGUCGCAGUAGGCGAUAACGGAAUCGCUGCACGUUUUUCCUGCACGUAGGAGUUUCCUGGGAUGUUCUCCCAUCUGUCUUAAAAAGGCUGAGCCUCUGGGAAGAUUGAUACAAGCGAGCCGAAGUAACAGAAAGGACCUGUGGGCUUCGAACCCUGCCCGCUCCCGACCUUCGUGCUGACAACUUUGAGCGUGCUACAGGAACAGAGGCGCAGGCUGUUGUUGUUUUCGAGAGAAAUACACCAGCAGCAGUUUGAUUCUGAAGUGGGUCUUUCCUCACUGGAGCAGUGCAUUCACAGAGAAACAUGAAUCCGGUGGACGUCAUUCAGGGACCUCCACAUUAAACCUCCCUGCCUGUGGGAUUUUAUUAAUAACAACACUAUAAUCUCUCUUUUUACUGGGUGCAGCACCAACACUAAGCAGAUGAACGUGGACUGGCGCCUCCGCUUAUGGAAAAUGAAGAUUUUCACUCACACGUGUGUCACCAGAAGCCAAGAUCACGUUAUUUAGUGCUGUGUUUUUUUUCCACAGCUCACAUUUGUCACAGACCAAGAAGAUACUCAUAAAUCUACCACCACCACCCCUUACUCCCCCCGGCUGGCGGGGGGCAACCUUGAAUCAGCUGUCCUCACUGGACCUUUUAGUUUUUUUUAAUUUUGAAUUAUUUUAUUUUCAUUCUUUUGAUAUACCAGUGACUUUUUAAAAUCACAUGUUUGUUCGAGACUGGAGUUUUUAAGGAGCUUGGAAGAGGACAACACAACUUAUUCUCAAGUCAAAAUGAGGCGGUGGACGCUAAAGCUGCGAGCCCAAAUUGUGUUUUUUAUCAUCUGCACCUGCGUCAUAUGCCAAUGUGGUCUAAUAAAAGCAGAAAUCUGCCCGAGCAAGGACAUCCGGAACAAUGUGGCCAACCUUCAGUCUUUAGACAACUGUACCAUCAUCGAGGGCCACCUGAAGAUUCUGCUUAUGUUUAAAACCAAGCCCGAUGACUUCCGAGGCCUCAGCUUCCCAAAACUGAGAGUGGUGACGGACUAUGUGCUGCUGUUUAGAGUCUACGGCCUUGAGACCCUCGGUGAUCUGUUUCCCAACCUCACAGUGAUCCGUGGCAACAACCUCUUCUUCAACUACGCCCUUGUGAUGUAUGAGAUGCUUCAAUUGAGGGAGGUGGGCCUUCACAGUCUGAUGAAUAUCACCCGGGGUGCUGUGAGGAUUGAGAAGAAUUCCGACCUCUGCUACCUGGCCACUCUGGACUGGUCCAAGAUCCUGGACUCGGUGGAGGACAAUUUCAUUGUGGCCAAUAAGAACGAGAGGGAGUGUGGAGAUGUGUGUCCUGGCACGGCCCAAGGUCAGACCAUCUGCCAACAGAACACCAUCAAUGGACACUUCAGGGGACGAUGCUGGUCGCAGAAGUACUGUCAGAGAAUGUGCUUGGACAACUGUAAGCAUGGUGCAUGUAGCCUCCAAGGCCAGUGCUGCCAUGACCAAUGCCUGGGCGGCUGUUCUGAGUCAGGUAAUGCAAGUAGCUGUGUGGCCUGCAGGAACCUCCAGCAUGGGAACACCUGUGUGGAGAAAUGUCCCCCUGGAUACUAUGUCUUCAGGGGCUGGCGCUGCAUCAGCUUCGCCUUCUGUCAGGAACUUCACAACCAGUGUAAACAAACUAAGAAGUUGAACCAAGAUCGGGAGUCGGUCUGUGAUGAAUAUGUCAUCCAUAAUGGGGCCUGUAUUCCAGAGUGUCCUUCUGGAUACACCAUUAGAAACUCCACUACGUUGACCUGUUCACCUUGUUUAGGCCUGUGUCCUAAAACGUGUGCAGGAAAUAAGACGAUUGAUUCGGUAACUUCAGCACAGGCUCUGAGAGGCUGCACGGUUCUCCACGGAAGCAUGACCAUCAAGAUUCGAGGCGGGAAUAACAUAGCUGCUGAGUUGGAGGCUAGUUUGGGCCAGAUUGAAGAGAUCACAGGAUACCUGACUGUACGCCGAGCAUACGCCCUCGUCUCCCUUUCCUUUCUACGCAAACUACGUGUCAUCAGAGGGCAGCAUCUUGAGGCAGAUAUUUAUGCCUUGUAUGCCCUGGACAACCAAAACCUGCGAGAAUUGUGGGACUGGUCCAAGCACAACCUGACCAUAUUGCGUGGUCGCACAUUCUUCCACUACAACUCCAAACUUUGCAUGUCUGAAAUCAGAAAGAUGGAGGAGGUUACGGGAACCAAGGAACGCAACCAAAAGAAUGAUAUUGCUGUACGCAACAACGGGGACCAAGCCUCCUGUGAGACCAAGCUUCUGAAGUUCACCACGAUCAAGACCGUAUCAAAUAUGAUAAUGUUGAAGUGGCAGCCCUUUUGGCCCACGGAUUUUAGAGACCUGCUUGGAUUUAUGGUUCUUUACAAGGAGGCACCCUAUAGGAAUGUAACCGAGUUCGACGGCCAGGAUGCAUGUGGCUCUAACAGCUGGGCAAUUGCUGAUAUUGAACCUCCACUUCGUCCAGCGGACAACAGAAAGUCAGAGGAUCCGGGGCACCUAAUCCGACCUUUGAAGCCCUGGACCCAAUAUGCUAUCAUGGUUAAAACUCAACUGUCGGCAUCUGAUGAGCAUCAGGUUCAUGGAGCCAAGAGUGAGAUCAUAUAUGUUCGCACCAACGCCUCCAAGCCCUCGGUGCCUCUAGACCCAAUCUCCUCCUCCAACUCCUCCUCCCAGAUUAUCCUGAAGUGGAAGCCCCCAACAAGUCCCAAUGGCAACAUCACCCACUAUCGGGUCAUCUGCCGCAAGCAGCCCGAAGACAGCGACCUGUACAAGUUUGACUACUGCCUCCAAGGAGUGAAGCUACCAUCUCGCACCCCAACCCACCUAGACAGUGAGGAAGAACAGAAGUGGAACCACACAGACGAGCUCACAUCAGGAGGCCGGUGCUGCGCCUGCCCUAAAACAGACAACCAGCUGAAGAAGGAGCAGGAGGAGAUAGAGUACCGCAAGACCUUUGAGAACUUUCUCCACAAUGAAGUCUUUGAGAGCAGGCCAUCUCGUCGGCGACGCUCAGUGGGAAUUGCCAACGCUACUCAAACCCCGCACUUCCUUACCUCGACCCCCAGUUCAGUAUUUGGCUCUAAGUCUCCUGGCACUGAAGAUGACAAGGAUGAGUGGGGGUCCAAGGUGGAGCUGAAGGUUUUCACGAAAGAGUCAACAGUUAUUUCCAACCUUUAUCACUUUACCAGCUAUAAGAUAGAGAUCAUGGCCUGCAACGAUCCAGUGGACCUCAAACGCUGCAGCAUGGCUAGUUAUGUCAGUGCCCGAACCAUGCCAGAGGAGAAAGCAGAUGACAUCCCGGGCCCUGUGACCCAUGAAAUAGUGUCAGCUGAACCUCCUUAUGUGUUGAUCAAAUGGAAUGCACCUCCAACCCCUAACGGCCUCAUCAUCCUGUAUGAGGUCUUCUACAGGAAGGUUGGAGACACAGAGAUUCAUACAGCUUGUGUGUCACGGCCAGCCUACCUCACGUCUGGUGGCACGAAGCUUGCACUUCUGCAGCCUGGAAACUACAGUGUGAGAGUCCGUGCCACCUCCUUGGCAGGAAAUGGCUCUUUUACGGACACUACGUACUUCUUCAUGCCCAACCCGGAUCCUGGUUUAGUUUGGAUCGUGAUUGGCCCAGUCUUCUGCUUCAUCCUGCUGCUGUUUGUAGGAGGUGGAGUCUUUUGGAUCUUCAAGAUGAAGCAAACAGAAGGCCCAACAGGACCUCUUAUCGCGUCCUCAAACCCUGAGUAUAUCAGUGCCAAUGAUGUGUACGUUCCGGAUGAGUGGGAGGUGCCCCGGGAGAAGAUCAAUAUUCUCAGAGAGCUGGGUCAGGGUUCCUUUGGCAUGGUGUACGAAGGAAUUGCCAAGGACAUUAUCAAAGGAGACCCGGAUACACAAGUAGCUGUCAAGACGGUCAAUGAAUCGGCCAGCCUGCGGGAGAGGAUUGAGUUCCUCAACGAAGCCUCUGUCAUGAAGGCCUUCAUUUGUCACCACGUGGUUCGUCUUUUGGGUGUCGUGUCCAAAGGUCAACCCACUCUAGUCGUGAUGGAGCUGAUGACUCACGGUGACCUGAAGAGCUACCUGCGGAGUCUCAGGCCAGACUCAGACAACAACCCUACAGGCCGUCCACCACCCACACUGAAGGAGAUGAUCCAGAUGGCUGCAGAAAUUGCAGAUGGCAUGGCUUACCUCAAUGCCAAGAAGUUUGUCCACAGAGACCUGGCUGCCAGGAACUGCAUGGUGGCAGAGGACUACACUGUUAAGAUUGGAGAUUUCGGUAUGACACGAGAUAUAUAUGAGACGGACUACUAUCGUAAAGGAGGAAAGGGUCUGCUUCCUGUCAGGUGGAUGGCUCCAGAAUCACUAAAGGAUGGUGUCUUCACUGCCCACUCUGACUGCUGGUCGUUUGGCGUUGUGCUCUGGGAGAUCAGCACGCUGGCAGAGCAGCCUUACCAAGGUUUAUCUAACGAGCAGGUUCUAAAGUUUGUCAUGGAUGGAGGUUACCUGGACCGGCCAGACAACUGCCCAGAGAGAAUGCACAACCUGAUGCAGAUGUGCUGGCAGUACAACCCCAAGAUGCGGCCACUGUUUCACGAGAUCAUUGAGAUGCUGCGUGAGGACCUGCACCCAUCUUUCCACGAGGUUUCCUUCUUCUACAGUGAAGAAAACAAAGUCCAUGAGACAGAGGAGUUUGACCUGGACCUGGACAAUAUGGAGAGCAUCCCUCUGGACCCAUCUUCGUACUCGCAGAGAGAGGAGAGCUUAGGCAGGGACAGCGGGCCGUCUGUGGCCCUUAGGGGGAACUAUGAGGAGCAUGUCCCCUAUACACACAUGAACGGUGGAAAGAAAAAUGGACGAAUCUUAUCGUUGCCCAGAUCCAGCCCCUCCUAACGUUUCCUGUUUCCUAAAAGAACUUGUUGAACCUCUCCCAACCCUUCUUUCUGUUCAAAUCCAUUUUUCUGCAUCCAUCAUGUUCUUCUCAUCAUUUUCUUAUGAUUCUUAUUCUUGGAGUAGCCCUUCAAAAAACAAAAAACAAACAGAAAUCUCAGGACUUUUUAUUUUUUUCCUCAAGGCUGCCAAUCACAGGCAAGCAAGGGAUGCAAACAGUGCACCACUAACAGUGCACACCUUUUGUUUUUUUUAACUUCCUCUCUAACACACCGGGCUGUCUAUUGCCAGAUUAUCUAUUAUUUUUUCACUAUUUUCACAUUUCCAGGACUCAUCAUGUUGGAAACGAAGAGGAAAAUAAACAAACUGUGAACUCGACAAACCUUAGACAACCAAGAUGGCUGCUUAUGCUCAUCCUCCUCAAGACUCGUCUCGUCUUUUCUCCCCCCCACCACCAAAUCGGCAUUUCCACUUUUCCGUGCUUUGUUAUUUUGAUCCUAGUGAAAUCUUUUUACUCAGAUAGUGGCCUUUUUAUACGUGGCCUAUAAACGAAGAGAAGUGUCUAUCAGCGCUCAUGCUAAUUUCCUCUUGAACAAUGAAUCUGUUUGGAACAGUGGGAUGACUUGCAAAGACUUGAUCCUAGAACAAAACAUCUAUUCCUAGAAUGUCUUCUUUUUGUUUGUUUCUCUUUUUUUGGUUCUGCAGAAUUCCAAACGACACACAGAUUCAUCGGGUGUUUGGUGAAUAGUUUUAAUUUAUUUACUUUUAUUGUUUCUCUCUCUCUCUUUUUUUACCUCUGUGUCCUCACUAUAUGGCUGAAGGAUAUUUAAACAGUUAAGAAUUGGACAAAAGAGUUCCUCAGACUGACCAAUAGCUGCUGCUUUGAUAUAUUUUAGUGGGUAUAUGAAUAUAUAUAAUAUAUAUGUAGUAUAUAUGGAAUAUUGGCAUUUCUGUGCCAAUAUUUUAUAUAUAAUAUAUGACAUAUUGAUGUUUUGUAAAUAGUUCAUAUUUGUAAGAUUAUUACUUUGCUAUUAUUUUGUUUUGCCAGUUUUGUUUUCUUUCUUACUUUAUAGCCCCGGAAAUUACACUAAUGUACCAAUAGUGCUCUCCGUGUCUUUGGCCUCCAGACUCCAACCCUCAAGUACUUUUUUCCAUCUCGGUGGAAAAAAGGAAAAGCCGCAAAAUAUCGUUGACUUACUGCUUCUUUUAUUUUUAUAAACCUCAGUCCCUCUGAGAGCUGUCAAUAUUUGGAGGCAACUUUUAUUACAACUACGGAAAAAAAAGUAGAUUAACCAAAAAACUCCUUAUGUAAAAGGGGAAUGAGGUCUUUCUAGGCUGAAGUGCACCUGAUGUGUGUUUGUGUCCAUUUGCUCUGGUCAGGUCACGCUGGAGUGUGUUUCUUAUCUUAUCACAGUUUUCUUUUUUUUUUAUAUAUAUAUAUAGCUUUCAUGUGGUCGUGCUAGUUGUCCGUGUAACUCGUCAGUGAGGUCAGAGAUUGGGUCGAGAGCUUGUCCCCGGCUUUUGAUUGUACUUCCUUGUGUUAGCGUGACAGUAGCGGCUUUUCAGUUUCCUGCGUUGUUCAGAGGAUGGUGGGAGUUACCGCCAGGUUUUCUAAAUGCAGGAGAAAUUGAUAAUAAGGUCUUUCAUUUAAUUGUUUGUCAGGUCUAUGACCAGCUCCAAGUCCACCAAAUUCAAAUGUCCUGGCUCAGGUCAGGACCUCUGUUUUAAGAUGAAACUUUUUAUUAUUUGUAUUUUUUCACAACCUGCAGUCAUUGUCGUUGUGUCAGAUUUACUCUGCACCACAAACCUCCCGCACUCUCCCCCUCCUCUGUCUCCCUGAGGCUCCCUUCCCAUUGGCUGCUAAAAUCACUGCUCAAAAUCAGGCUGGUGGAAAUUUCCAUGUUUUGUGGCGUAGGGCUGGAGACAAAUAUGGAAAGUUCCGAGUGUAUUCAGAGUCCCCAGCAGGUAGCAGAGCGAGAGAGAGGAGGGCAGCGUCCUCGUCUCUCUUGUCUUUCAGUGUGUCUGAGAGGGAGGCAGAGUGUGAGCAAUUGUUAAUCUUAUUACCCUCUCUGCUAUCACAUGCAGUUAGGCAGUCAGGACACAGUGUGCAGCAGCUAUUUCACUCAGGUCUGACAUUCCAGGAUUUAGUCAGAACUGCCUGUUCCCUCCACCACACCCCACACCAGUGCUCACAUGAAUAAUAAUUGAGAAGAGAUAAAUCAGUAUUGGUUUUUACUAAAUCUUCACUCUAAAAUGUUCUGAGGUUUGUCGCUCCUUAAACUGUUACCCUUCCACAACCCUUGAAAAGUUUUUCCCCUUUUUUUCUCUGGACACACAGACCAGUGUGGUUUCCAGUCUAGCCGAACAGCAUUCAGCACUUACUAUAGUAUAGCCAAAGUGUUGGCAGCUCUCUGUCAGCAGCGAGAACCCACAGAAUCGGGAGUCGGAGGAAAGUGGAGAAGCUGUCUCCAUAUUUUUACCAGUGCCUUCUCAAACCCACAGCCACGUCCAGCCUAGUUCUGUUGGCUAGUUAUAACACACACACACACACACACACGCGCGCGCCUCUGUGAUCUCUGUCUGUUAUUCCUCAUGAGUCAGGAGAGGCACAGAAAAUUCACGGCUGUAUCUGCAUUUGCAUUUGAAGGCUUAUGUUAAAAAAAAAAAAAAAGAA